AUGUUUAUACAACGUCAUUUUAUAUUCUUCGUAACGAUAAUCAAUUCAGGCACAUUCGCUGCUAUUCAUGAUGAAGCAUAUAUAAAGGAAAAUGGACCAUUUGGUUCAAUGAUCUUUCAAAAAAAUGAUACUUUUAUUGAUUGGAUACGUGUACCCGAAAGAAAUUAUGAACAAUGGAUCUAUGCACUUAGAGUUUGGCGUACAUGUUCUAUUGUACUUGGUAUACUUUGUUUAAUUUUUGCUGCACUUGUUCUUGCUUAUAUUAUUCAUGGUUUUCGUACAAAUUCUACAGGUCCAUUUGGCUGUUUAGGUGAAGAUACAUCUGAUGAAAAAUUAAUUUUAUCUAAUGGAAAUUUACCUGUUAAUCUUCAACAAAUAGCUUUACAACAUCAAUUAAAACUAGCACAACAACGAGAACAAGAUGCUCAAAGACAAAAAUAUGAAGCUGAACGACGUUUAUCAGCUAUGCUUCGAAAUUCAACAUCACCAGCAUUAAUAACUUCACUUAAAUAA